AUCACACCAUGAUGUUCUUCCUGAGCUGGUUCUUCAUUCUCUUUCCAAUUUGUUUUGCUUAUGAUCCAAAAGAUAUAAACGUCGAAAAACCCAAUCUUCACGAAGGACUCGUAAGAGGAAUGGAGCAUUAUUGCAGAAUGUUAGGCGGCGGAAUCGAAAUUCCGGAUCUG